AUGGUCUCUACCACACUUCCCGUUAUCUCUCUUGCCGCUGCUGUCGGUCUACUCCAGAUGUGCCCUGCACCAUUUAUCACCGAGGCAAUCUGGUCAGGCAUCGCUGCUGGUGUGGUCGGUGGCACCCUGGGUGCCGGUGCAACCAUGUGCGCGAAGUAUUGCCCUUCGCCCAAGCUUCGCCGCCAUGCCGCCUCAUUCAACACCCUCAUGGCCCGCGACUAUCCCCCUGGCGUCUCUCAGGAGUCCAUCGACCAAUGCACUCAGCAACUCAACGAGCAAAAAGACAGGGGAAUCCAGGUCUUUUUCACCAAUGUUGAUGAUGCCACGGUGGAUAUUGAUCAUCUUCCUCCCGCUUGCAUGAAUCUCGUUACCGUUCUGAGCGGUAACCCUGCCCAGGCCGGCGGCCCGGUCCCGAUCCCAAUGGGUAGCGACAAGGUGCAGUUCAGGAACCUGACCCCUGAGGACCGCCAGAAUCUCGGCCAUGCUCUCGGAGCUUGA